UUUACACAUGCGCAUAAAUCACAUCUACGUUUAAUUACAAAUACAUUACAAGUACAGAGUAAAGAAAUUUUAAGCAGAGUUGAGUUUUAGCAAUUUGACAACUCGAUUGUCAUUAUCAUUAAAAAAUAAUCAAAUUCUGUAAUUGUUAUGUUUCAUUUUUUCAAAUUUUAUCCCAAGUACAGAAAAAGAAAUUGAUAAUUUUAGAAAACAAGAAAAAUGGAUUCGAAAAAUAAUGACAUGGACACGUCAGGAUCAUUGAAUGAUGAGGAAAUAAAAACAGCAGGACAGCCAUUGUCAGAUUUCCUACUUCAACUGGAGGACUACACACCUACUAUUCCUGAUGCUGUGAGCGAGCACUAUCUACGGACAGCAGGUUUUAACACAGCCGAUCCAAGAAUUGUUCGAUUGAUAUCACUAGCUGCCCAAAAAUUUAUUUCUGAAAUAGCAAAUGACGCUCUCCAGCAUUGUAAAACACGUGGAGCAAAUCAAAAUACUAAAUCAAAAGGCAAAGAUCGUCGUUACACUCUAACAAUGGAGGAUCUGAUACCCGCAGUCGCUGAAUAUGGAAUAGUUGUUAAGAAGCCCCAUUAUUUUGUAUAAAUAUUACAAUUAGUUUAAUAAAUAAUUAUUUUCUUCGUUCAAACUA